CCGCUGCUGCCGCCGAAGAAGUUGUGCGAGGUUUUCGGUCUUCGCUGCUCGCUGCUUGCUCGUACAAGAACUCAAAGGCCGUUCCUUCGGCGGCGUGCGAUCGCGUGUCGGUGUGUGUUCGUUGGCGAAGGCGCGCUGGCUGGCGAAAGUUGUCCCGACUGCGUUCGCGGACGAAACGAAACACGGGCGCGGGUAUAAGCCCGGCAUGCGGAAUGCCGCAUCCAGCAUUUGUUCUUGUGCCGUUUCUUGCGAUGUCUCGUUAGUUUAGGCGGUUUUUGGGCGCCGCGGACACCUCCUGAACUUUAGUUUACUGCCAAGCACACAGUUAUCAACGUGUUGAUUUAUUAUUCCGUCCGACGACCAGGAAGUUUCAAGAUGGCGGAUAGAAAGAUAUUAAUAUUAUUUGCGACAUUAAGUCUUGCUUUAAGUCUCACAAAUGGUGAAGUCCAGCUGAUAACCAAACCCGAACCGGGCCAGGAGUAUGUUUUUUUGCAAACCUCAGCGGCGGGUUCGCGACCAGUCGAACGCAAAGAAAAACCUUCGGAGAAUGAACGUGUUUUUGAAACAGCUCAUAAGUUACCACCUUCUUUGACGUUCGCGUUGAAUCAAGCUCAGGCUGAAGAAGGUGAAAUUCUAAAAGAACCAAAAGGACCUAUCAAGACCUCUAAAAGUAGUAAACCUAAGCGUGAAGCUGCUGCUUCUGCUGCCGAUGCGCCUGCAGGUGCCAUCAAACUUGAUGUUCAGGCACUUCUUGCUAAAUACAAAACAGAACUUCAAACUUCCACUACAGCAAAACCAUCGUCCACAACAACAAAAAAGACUAGCACUAGAAGUACACGAAAACCUAGGUUAAACCCUAUUCUUCCUAACAAACGCUCCAAGAAGGAAGCGCAUGAUGAAUCUGUUGUACCAACUACUGCUAGUUCUGUUUUAACCACAUCAGCGGCAGGUCUGAAACCAAUUGAAAGAGACGAUGAUGUUCCAUUGGUCGCCAGUGGAAGUGAAAAACAACGUUCAAGAAUUCAAAUCAAGAAGGGUCCCAACGGGCAGGAAUAUGAAUAUGAAUACGUUUAUUAUUACUAUGAUGAUGAUGAUCCCAAACAGACUAAUGCCCAUGAUGGUCCAGCAAGAAAUGAGGUCACACCACAAAAUACACCAUCAAGAGGUGGAUCUCGUGGUGAAACCAAGGCGGCUGUCACACCUGAACCUGCUAGUAAUGAAGUUCUGCCUACUUCUCGUGGGUCACGAACACGUGGUCGUCAAUUGGAAGAUGAAGAUGUUGCUGAUGAACGCCUUCCAGCUAACACCCGCUUUCCACCACGUAGUCGUAACUUGAACACAACACCAUCUGUUGUAGAGGAAGUUGUAGAAGAGGUUAAACCAAGAGGUCGUGGUCGAGGACGUCCUGAAGCUCAAGCAGCUGCAACUUCAGCUGAAAACACUUCAGAUAGUGUUUCUGACGAGACGCAAGGGUCUCGAGGUCGCACACGUGCGAAUGUAAGACGACCAUCUUUGGAACUUGUUGAUAGUGCUAGUUUCAACACGCAUACGUCUAGUGGUGAACCACCAAAUGGUAGUGGACCUACUUUCCCUGCUGAUUUACCAGCUGGGCCUGUGAGAUUCCUGGGAGCUACUCCUAAUGAACGCAUGGAUCUUCAGGAUAAAAAGGAAGCAUCAGGGGAAAGUGAAGUUGCACCCGCUGCACCAGCUGCAGUAGCUACUGAAGAAGCUACAACUAUGAUGUCUGCAAUGGAUAAAGUUGCUCUUGAUUUAUACGCGAUUCUUCAGGGUACGCAAAGAUUAUCAGGUGAAGAAUCUGAAGGUAACACUGAAAUGAAUACUGAGGCUGAUGCUGAAACCACUACAUUAGAGGCUACAACUGAAGUUCCUACUACUGAAGCAGCUCCUUCAACAACAACAACCACUACUACUACCACCACUCAAGCUCCUUCUUCUGCUGCUCCUGAAAAUGUUUUCGGUAGAGGUAAAUACCGCACGAGACCUGCCAUUGGUGGUCGUAAACCUGUAUCAACCAGCACAACAACCGAAGCUCCCGCAUCUUCCGAUGGUAAACCAAAGAGUCGGUUUGGACGUCCAUCCUUUGGAUCUCGUCCUAGAGCCCGACCAGCUGCUACAGCAACUGAAGGUGAAACCGAACAGAAGGAAACAAAAGAAGAAGCAAAACCUGUGAGUGCCACACGUAGUCGUACCCGUUUUGGUGCUGGUCGCACAAGAGUCACCACCGUAGCACCUGAAGGUACCAAUGAGGCAAAAUCACCUGCCACACCAACCAAAGCAUCAUCUCUAAGACCAAGACCUACUUUCAAUUUAAGAGGAAGGACGAGACCUACUCCAGCUCCGGAGGCAGAAUCUGCUCCAACUGAAGAAGGUCAAGAAGCAUCAACAACAACCCGCUCCAGACCAAAACUUAACGGAUCCAACGUACGUCCACUACGUCCAGGACCUAGGAUUAAUUUAACUGGAGGUAGAGGACGUCUUGGUGUUACCACAGCAGCCCCAGCUGAGAACCCAGCUGAACCUGCACCUGUUGUAGAAGAAGAUCAAGAGAAGACACAUGCAGAAGAAGGAGAAACAAAGGAAGCUGAAGUAACUCCAGCUCCAGAUUCAAACCCCCUCUCCCGUCUACGCAACAGACAACGUACUCCCCUGCAGGUCCGCCCAGCUGCCCCGAAAGCUGCAGCCAGUGCCCCCGUUCAAGUACGUCGUGCAAAUCCCUUGAUAUCUCGUCGUAAACCAAUCGGAGAAGCUUCCACAACUGAAGCAGCUGCCCCUGCGGAAGCAUCAACCGAAGCUUCGUCAUCAGACGCCGAAGAGGGCGCCACUGAUGCCGCCGCAAGUUCAACGACAAGCACCACAGAGGAACCAAAAGGAUUGAACAAAUUACUAGCAGGACGAAGGCGAUUGACAUUGCGACAACCCGGCACGGUUGCCUAAAUGUAACCUCACGAUCGACUCAGUUCGUAUCUUGCAUCAAGAGAUUAGGAAUGUAGACUAUGUGUGCUAGAUGAAAACAAAAACAACGAGAUACACCAAUAACUUAUAA